CCUUCCUGAGCUGCCUCUCUGCCUCCUGAUGGCUCACUGGGCUUGGGAGCGCAGGAGCUAGAAGCUUCGUACAGCCUCUGGGACGGCAUCAGCGGCUCUCCUCCACCCGCAUCCACAGAGCAAACGAAAGGGGACCCCCUGACAACUCAGCUUUGCUCCCUCCAACAGUAGAGAUGACCCAGGUGUCUGUUGGCCAUGGAAUGCCCCUGCUGGUGCUCUGCAUCGGACUACUGAUGCUAAUGUGUGCAAGAUGGGCUGAGCCAUUCAGAGCCCCUUACCCUGAGGAGGAGCUGGACAGACAUGACUCCCGAAAAGACACAGACUACCACAGAGACCCCAGUUACAAGGAGUCAAGGGACAGCAGGAGAACAGAGGAGUGCCGGCGAUGCUGUGACCCAGGGGAGGAGCCCCUACAGUACGGCAGCCCUUACCCACAAUACCAGGUGGUUCCACAGAUAAACAUCACUAUUCUCAAAGGAGAAAAGGGAGAGAAUGGCCAGCGAGGAUCUUAUGGAAAGGCAGGCAAGAUGGGGCAGAUGGGCCCCAGGGGACCCCUCGGCCUGAAAGGCGCCAAGGGCAACGUGGGCCCGCAAGGAAAUGCCUGCAAGUCCUACUUUGCUGCCUUCUCCGUGGGCCGUAAGAAAGCGCUACACAGUAACGACUACUACCAGACGCUGGUGUUCGACACGGAGCUCGUCAACCUGUACGGCCACUUCAACAUGUUCACGGGUAAGUUCUUCUGCUACGUGCCAGGGAUCUACUUCUUCAGCCUGAACGUGCACACGUGGAACCAGAAGGAGACGUACCUACACGUGAUGAAGAACGAGAAGGAGACGGCCAUCCUGUACGCGCAGCCCAGCGACCGCUCCAUCAUGCAGAGCCAGAGCCUGAUGCUGGAGCUGGAGGGCGACGACGAGGUGUGGGUGCGCCUUUACAAGGGCGAGAGGGAGAACGCCGUCUUCAGCGACGACUUUGACACGUACAUCACGUUUAACGGUCACCUCAUCAAAGCCAAGAGCGAAGGCUAGCGGGCCUUAGCCGUGUGUGUAUGGGCAUAAAACGUAUCCAAGAGUGCUGUUUUUUUUUUUUAAAAGAAAAUCAUUUGUAUUGAACGUAUAGUAUAUACUGUAUAUAAGAAGCGCUUCUCAGUUUAUGUAAUAUAAUUAUAGAGCGAUUUAAUUAUGAAGUGAACCGACAGAUAUCAGGUGCUCUACGAACAUAAAGCUAAACGCUGAAGGAGCAAGCCAGACUUCAAAAAUGACCUCGGGACAUCCGUUUCCACACGUGAAUGAUGCCGUGCUUUGCUGAGAAAGUGUGAUGCUAUGUUAGUGGUGGUCAGCCCUCAUCAUCCAUAAAUCCAAUAUGACAAUGGACACAGACCAGUGUGUUAGCAUAUGUUUUGGGGAAACACAAUGAGAAUUGGCAUGGUUUAUAAGUGAUGUGGUUUAUUUGAUUUACCUGCAGAGCCUGGGUCCUGGCUCUGUCCUAUCUCCCAUUCUCAGGACACGGGGGAUGACACGAGGGAGGAAAUGAAUUACUAGCAGUGUGAUAGCAGCUCUGCCUCUCCGGCUCCAAUAAUAUAAGCUACAAAUAACAAUGAACCAAAUCCUUAAAAAGGAGAUACUCUAGCUUUAUAAAACAUCAAAUCGAGACUUUUAAAGUACACACAAACACACCACAUAUUCAUUAUUGUCAUUAUCUUGCACUAGUCUGAGAGAAAUGGUGGAGUUUAAUUAUCAAAAGGUGCUCUGAUCAUUUACGAUACAGUUUUGAUGGUACUGUUGAACAAUAUUCUUAUUAUAUUCUUUUAUGUCUAGCAGGUUUCUACAAUAUGCAUAUUUUUAUAUUCUCAUUUGUAUGUUUACAGUGUCUGAAAGCCUGUAAAGGACUCGUUUUAGGAAUAAGACAAAGGCAAAAUCUGAAAUGAUCAAACAUUAUAGGCAUACUAGUCAGUUAAUCUGUUUAAAAGUAGAAUUAUUAACAAUUAUUUAAUUGAAUAGGUGAAAAUGUCAUCCCCCCCCCCCCC